AUGGCAACUACUAUGGAUGAUGAUUCUAAUGUUACGCCUAAUAUGCAGUUAAAAACAAUCACUGAAGCAGAAUUAAUUGGAAAUAUUCCUACAGAUUUCAGCAUAACGUGUUUUGAAAAUUGCAUUUUUGUGGUUAUUACCCAGUUUGGAAAACUUGGAACACUGGUUCAUAUUACCAAAGACGUACCCCAUGAAGUAAACUGUAGCACUGAUGAUCGAGCUGUUUUCAGUACUAAGGUUAUUUUCGGAAACGAUGAAUCUUAUGUGCAUGCUGCGGCAAGAUAUCUGGUUUCUUUAAUGGAAACCAGUAAAACAGUUUUGUUAGCAAUAGCGCUGAAAGACUGGGAUAAAGAUACUGUAAUAACCAUUGGAAAUCGAGCUAAACAAGUCUUUCAGAAAGCAUUAGUAGGAGUUUGA